GCUCGCAGGCACUUGGAGUCGCGCUCGGGCGAAAAGGUCGGCGAGGACGAGCUCGGAAACGCGUACUACGAAAACAAAUCGUAUCAACAGGGACGCUCGCGAUGGGUGGUGCCCAAAAACCUCGACGAUUACUCCGCCGCGAACAUUCCGCGCGAGUGGCACGGUUGGUUGCAUCACAUCAACGACGAACCGGGUCUUCCGAACGCGACGACGCCGAUUUACGAAGACGCGUCGCCGUACUUCGUCGCCGGGAAAUCGAACGCGGGGACGUACUUACCGAAGGGGCACUUUCUCCGUCAGCGUCCGUCCGACGCGGGCGUGACGCGGAGUUGGGCCAAGUACCAACCGUGGUCACCGCCGUGA